AGAGCACAGUGAUUGAGCUUGUCAAGUUCAGUAGAACUUGUGAAGAUUAAACUUGAUAGUUUUUCAUUAGUUUCGGUAUAAUUGCAGUCAGAAUGAGUCAACCGAGCAAUCACAACAUUCUUCUGUUAGGAGAAACAGGAUCGGGGAAAUCUACUCUCAUCAAUUAUUUGGCAAAUUAUUUCCUUGAUGGAUCUCCCGAUGAUCUUAAAAUUGCCAUCCCAACGAAGUACCACUCACAAAAUCUACAAGGCUCUCCGAAGCACUCUGAGCAGGAUAUCAACGAUCAAACAAAAAGUAAAACCGAGAAGUGUACUCUGUAUUGUUUUGAGAAAAAUGGCAAACAAUACGGCUUCAUCGAUACUCCGGGGCUAAGCGAUACAAGCGGAGUGCUCAAAGACAACGAGCAUAUUGCGAACAUCAUAACCACUGCUGAGAACAUCGGAUCCAUCGCAGCCAUAGCCCUUGUCAUUAACGGCACUGUGGCAAGAGUCACAGUGAGCCUGAAAAAUGCAAUAGAACAAAUGAGAAGUGCUGUGCCAGACGUUCUUCUGACAAACCUUGUAGUUGUGUUCACCAACUGUUCUGCAGAUACCGUCAACUUUGAACUGUCUGUAUUGAAACCAUGGACGAUUCUUGAGAGAAACAUUUUCUACAUGAACAACAAUGCUCUAAGAGUUGCUCAAAAGGACUGGAACAAUAACCAGACAAAAAAGGAAAAACUAAUCUCUCAAUGGAAAACAUCUAUGGAAGAAAUUGAACUAAUGAUGGAGCAAAUCGAUCAGUUCGGAAGCAUGGCUUCCAAUGCGUUUGGUGAAAUGUACAAACUGGGAAAUGCGCUUACAGUUCAGCUCAAUGAAUGCCAAGCACUCAUUAAACAGCUCCACGAUAAGGAAAAACAAUAUCAAGAUUCCCUGAAGGCCCUCGAUCAAGCAACUAUCGGUAUCAAAACAAACUCCGAUUAUUCCAAAAAGGUGACGAAGGAAGAAAUUGUGUUGAUAGAUACUCCGUAUUGGAAUAUAGUUUGUAGAAAUUGUAAUCGAGGUAGCGAGUGUUGUCACGAUUGUUGGGCGGUCGCAGUAAAAUUUUGUGGCAAAUUCCAUAAUUAUGUAUGUACAAAAUGUAGCUGCAGCUUGAACUUUCACUACUUCGAACGGUUCAAACCAAAAAAAGAGUAUAAAGUAGUGGUCGAAAUUGAUGCUAACAAAAAGCAACAGUAUGACAAACAUACACAAACAAAGGCUAGAAUUGAAGGCGAACUACCCAAGCUCAGUACUAAUAUAGAGUCUCUGAAACAAAGCUUCGACACUCAGGUUCAAAAAAUCCAAAACUGUUGCCGGAGCCUCAAGAAAAUACGAUCCCUGGGAAAAUUUACUGUAGAGCAAGCGGACGUCUUCAUGAACAUUCUGCAAGACAUGCACAACUUGGCAAGUAUUGUCGGUACAGCUGAUGCAAAAGCUAGAUUAAAUUAUGUUGACAGCCUAACCGAGUUCAUAUAACAGGCAUGUGAGUGGCUUUACUUUAUAAUGGUAAAUCCAAACAUUUCAAAAUAAAUACAUAUGAUAUUAGCAUCGUCAGUAGUUAUCGUUAGAAGAAUGCUUUAUUUUUCAAUUUUAAUACAA